AGCCCUUCGGCUAGGUCAGGUCAUGCCUCGAUCCCACCUCCACCGGGCUGGGGCCAGGCUUCGCCUGCCAUCAUCCCACGGCAGGGGCGGCAUGGUCAGGGACGUGGGACCACGGAGAAAGACCGCGCCCUCCGGGCUUGGUGGGAUAGGGAGGGAUCCGACUUCCUCCAGACGUUGAGGUGAACGGGGGAGAACCGACCCCCUCCGGGCGUGGGGUACAGUUCGGGCCCCACCUUCUCUGGGCGUGGCGGGUGAGAGGGAGGUGACCUGCUCCGAGCGUUUUCCGAGGGCGGGAGUGGAUUUGCCACUUCCCGCUCGCUGAUGGAGCCUUUUUCGGGCAGAGGACGGCGACUCAUCGCUCACGUCUGUUACCCCCUUUCCAGUAUCGGUAUUCUCAGGAUAUUGCCCACCCCCACGAGAGACAUGCUGAGGAGUGAGGAAAGAAUAGUCUCUGGGCUCCCAAAGGCCUGGUCUGGGGAACCAGUGACCUUUGAAGAUGUGACCUUGGGUUUUACCCCGGAGGAGUGGGAACUGCUGGAUCCCAUGCAGAAGACCCUGUACAGGGAGGUGAUGCUGGAGAACUACCGGAACCUGGUCUCAGUGGAACAUCAGCUUUCCAAACCAGAUGUGGUGUCUCAGUUAGAGGAGGCGGAAGAGCUGUGGCUGAAGGAGAGAGAAAUUCCUCAAGACACCUUUCCAGAAUGUCCUGUGGCUCAGCUGGAUCCUCAAGAGGACCCUUUCCCUGAUGGGAAGAGGGGCUCAAGACCCCUGCGGAAGAUGGAGGUCGUGGAGGCUCAGCUGGAUCCCCAUGCGGACCUUCUCCCUGAUGGGGAGGGGGACUCGAAUCCCCUGAGAAAGAUUGAGGUUGCGGAGGUGCUCACGCUGAACCAGGAGGCGGCUCGUUCCCGCAAUGCCCAGAUUCGAGCCCUCUAUGCUGAAGACGGGGGCCUAAACUCAGAGCUCCCUGGGGAGCCUGCUGGACAGCCAGGCGAACAUUCUGCUGACCCUGAGGCGGCUCGCCAGAGGUUCCGGCAGUUUUGCUACCAGGUGGCGAUGGGUCCCCAACAGGCCCUGGCCCAGCUGCGUGAGCUCUGCCACCAGUGGCUGCGGCCCGAGGCACGCUCCAAGGAGCAAAUGCUGGAGCUGCUGGUGCUGGAGCAGUUCCUUGGCGUGCUGCCCAGAAAGCUUAGGACUUGGGUGGAGUCGCAGCACCCAGCAGACUGCCAGGAGGCAGCAGCCCUGGUGGAGGUCGUGACUUGGAUAUCCACAGAAGAAGCUCUGCCAUCCCAGGGCCCUGCCUCUUCUCUGGAGAUCACUGAUUGGCAAGAGGAAGAAAAGGAGGAGAAGGUGGCUGACUGUCCAGCAAAGGAGCUGCCUGAGGAGGCUGUGACCUUCCAGGAUGUAGCCGUGGAUUUCAGCCGGGAGGAGUGGAAGCUGCUGGGCCCAACACAGAGGACGGAGUACCGUGACGUGAUGCUGGAGACCUUCGGGAACCUGGUCUCUGUGGGGUGGGAAACUACAGUGGAAAGCAAAGAGUUAACUCCAACUCCUGAUGCUUCUGAGCAAGAACCAACCCACAGUCUUAAAGUGGAUGAAUCUUCAAAGGGUGGCCCUAUGUCCUCCUCUUCAGGAGACAUCUUGCAAGAUGAGGUCCCAGAAGUCCAGAACACAGCAUUGAAACAAGUGAGGUUUGCUCAGGAAAAGGCCCAACCUCAGGAGGAGAACUGCAAGAGCCCCCAAUCCAGGGCAAACACUGGUCUAUGCACAAGCCCUGUUUCACCACAGAAAAUUCCUCUUAGAAAACGUUUACGCAAACGUAGCUCACAGGUUAAAAGCACAAAGCAUAAUUCACACAUAAAAAUUCAUCAGAGUAGCUUCGAAGGGGGAAAAGCCAGGGAAAGCAGCGGUUGCGGGACACCCUGCAGCCGGAGCGCUCAGCAGAUUACAUUCACAAGAAUUCACAAGGAAAGCCCACAUUGCCGAUGCAGUGAGUGUGGUAAAACUCUCCGGAACCCAAAGUACUUUUCUGUACAUAAAAAAAUCCACAUAGGAGACAGACCCUUUGUGUGUCAGGAUUGUGGAAAGUCAUUCAUCCAGAGCUCCUCGCUCACGCAGCAUCAGAGGAUUCACACUGGAGAGAAGCCAUUUAAAUGCCGCGAGUGUGGGCGAGCCUUCAACGAUCGCUCAGCCAUCUUCCAGCACCUAAGGACUCACACUGGAGCCAAGCCCUACCCAUGCGGGGACUGCGGAAAGGCAUUCCGCCAGAGCUCUCACCUCGUCAGGCAUCAGAGGACUCACACUGGGGAGCGUCCCUACGUGUGCAACAAGUGUGGACGGGCCUUCAACCAGAGCUCCCACCUUAUCGGGCACCAGAGGACGCACAACAGGGGGUUAUGUAAGAAGAAAGUCAAGAAGAAACCACUUACCUCAUAACUGUUGAGCCAGUGGGUACAGCCUUUGCCUUUUUCACCUGGUCUGCAAUGUAAUGUGUACAGGACUCCUCAGGAUUCAAGACUUAAAGUGAAAAGGAAGUGUUGAAUGAGCACAUUCCCAAGACCUAAGACCACCGUGCACAUAAUAAGUAAAUAAAAAAACCAGCUGGGAGUUGUUGCUCAUGAAUGUAGUGGUUGGGACAGAAGAUUUAGUUUUCCAAUCAGUUGACUUAGUAAUUUGUUCAUUAUAAGUGAUAUGAAUGAAGUCUGAAAAUGUUUGUAAUUUUAUAAGUUUCAAAGGCUGGAUACCAAAUAAUCUGUGCACUGAUAAUUAUAUCUAUGGUAAAGAUUUAUGCAUAUGGACAAGGAUUAAAAGAGAACAUAGAUAAAUGAACUAUAUAUUUCUGUGGCA